UUCUAGAUGAGGGAUUUGCAACUGCUGUCUCAUUGACUGACGCGGAGGAGGAAGAAGAGGACUUCUUCGCCAUGGGGAACUGCUGCUGCCACGAGAAGCAGCCCAGACGCCAUCCGCUGCAGAAGAACAUCGGCCACAAUUCCGGAGUUGAUGGGAAAUUGGCGCACAUCCUGGAAACUAAUCCACGCAGUCAUGUCGACAUCAUCAGGACGAGGCCGACGCCGACGAGGACGAACGUUCCGAGGUGCAACAAGAUCGUCGUCGCCCUUUACAAUUACAUGGCGAGGGACGUGAGCGAUGUGUCCUUCAAGAAGGGCGACAGGAUGGAAGUUCUGGAUGACUCCGAUGGUGACUGGUGGACCGUCACGCAUCUAUUGUCCAAAGAAACAGGACUCAUCCCAGGAAACUUUGUGGCCAAAGAACAGAGCGUGGAAAGCGAAGAUUGGUUUUUUGAGGAAGUUUCACGAAAGGAAGCCGAUAAGCUUCUGCUGGCCGCAGAAAAUCCCCGAGGGACUUUCCUGGUGCGACCUUCGGAGCACAAUCCGCAGGGUUACUCACUUUCCGUGAAGGAUUGGGAAGAGAUGCGCGAAUACCAUGUCAAGCACUACAAGAUAAAACCUCUCGACAAUGGAGGCUUCUACAUCUCCACCAACAAAACAUUCCUGACCCUCACCGAACUGGUUCAAGCCUAUUCGAAAAAUGCGUUUGGAUUAUGUCAUGUACUGUCGAAGCCGUGCCCGAAGCCGCAACCGCAGAUGUGGGAUUUGGGUCCAGGUGUCAGGGAUAAUUGGGAGAUUCCGAGGAUUCAGAUUAAGCUGGUGAAGAAGCUGGGACGCGGUAACUUCGGUGAAGUUUACUAUGGAAAGUGGAAGGACUUGACUGUCGCGGUGAAGACGCUGCGUGAAGGCACAAUGUCCACCGCGGCCUUCCUGCAGGAGGCGGCGAUCAUGAAGAAACUGAGGCACAAGCAGUUGGUUGCUUUGUACGCUGUUUGCAGUAAGGAGGAACCGAUAUACAUUGUGCAGGAGUACAUGUGCAAGGGCAGUUUGUUGGACUUCCUGAGGAAGGACGAAGGACGGACCUUAGGUUUCGAGGAUUUGAUAUACAUCGCCUUCCAGGUGGCUUCCGGUAUGGAAUAUCUGGAAUCGAAGCAGUUGAUCCACAGGGAUCUGGCGGCGAGGAACGUUCUCAUAGGCGAAAACAUGAUGGCAAAGAUCUGUGAUUUCGGAUUGGCGCGCGUCAUCGAGGACAACGAGUAUUGCCCGAAACAGGGAAGCAGAUUCCCGGUGAAAUGGACGGCGCCCGAAGCCAUCGUCUACGGUCGCUUCUCCAUCAAAUCCGAUGUCUGGUCGUACGGCAUCCUGCUGAUGGAACUCUUCACCUUCGGACAGGUUCCGUAUCCUGGAAUGCACGGCAGAGAGGUCAUCGAACAAGUGGAGAAGGGCUACAGGAUGCCGAAACCGACGUCGCAUCAGCUUCCGGACGACAUCUACAAGACAAUGAUAAGCUGCUGGGACGGCAAACCGGAGAAUCGGCCGACCUUCGAAUUCCUCACGCACUACUUCGAAGGUUUCAACGUCACGUCCGAGAUUCCCUACAGGGAGGUACCUGAUUAACUAACCGACGCAAGUCUCGAAAGACCCUUGGUACUUACUUUCUCUCAAAACAAAAACAUAACAAAAUAUUGAAAAAAAAAUAAAUAAAAAUAAACACGCCUGUGCAUUACUACCUUAACUUAUUUUAAUAUACUUAGUGACGUUUGUUUUCUUCUUUAAAACGAAAGAGAAAUAACUUAGUACAAGCCAGUGUGUGUGUGUGAAUAGAAUUUUUCUACAUGGAAGAAGCAUAUUUUUACGCCGUGGACCAAAAAAAAAAAAGAA